UUGAAUUGAAUUGAAUUAAAAGAUAGUCAAAGAUCACACAUUAAAUUUUUACUUUGCUCAGUGAGUAGAAAAUUAGAGGUUGAGUGUUGAGCAGAGCAAAACAAUGGUAUGUCUCUGGGUAGUAGAUAUGGCAGCAGAAAUAAUUACAUUACAAAAAUUUUACAUUAAUUAAAAACAUUACAUUAUGAGGUCACUGACCGGACGAGUCUUGGAGAAAGUGCUGUGGUGAUAAUUGAGAAACUUGUAGUGGUCACACAUUCUUUCCGGUCUGAGAGGAUGAGCAGGAAAGUAGACAGGUGCAGUUCCUGGUUCAGGGAGCUACAGUCAUCACACCCAGGUACAUACAUUACUAACAUACAUAUGCUGAUGUAAACAUCACAUUAUUAAGGUUACUGUAUUGUGACAUCUUUAGAUGAUGCUUUAUACAAUAACACCACUGACAGGUUAUAUCGUAUAAUGCAUGUGCAUAAAUGGGCCAAUGUUGUGUUUAUUUUUUACAAAAGUUUCCAUUCAAAAAGUGAUUCGAGUUUUGGCAGCUCUGUGUGCCCUGGGACUGCUUGGAGGUGUUACUAUAAGUGUGUGGUUCAUAGUCAAACUGCUCUUAAAGCCUACCUCACAUAGUCCUAUAGGGUUAGAGGACACCAGGGAGACUUCAUUCUGUAAUAUAUCAGAUGACAGCAGUGUGACUGACCCCAGGAAAGUGUUUUACAGAAUCAGUGCUGAGAACUCUUUGCUAGAGAUUCAGCUGGAGAAACUGCAAACGUGGCUGCCUGUAUGUUACGAGCGCUGGAACUCUUCAUUAGGCACCCUUGUGUGCAGACAGCUGGGUCAUCUGAGAUUAACCAAACACAAAGGUGUGAAUUUGACAGACAUUGGGCAAAGCUACACAGAUGGAUUUGUUCAAAUUACCUCAGAACAUCAAAGCAAAUUGGAACAUUUAUGGCAAUUCAGGGGAAGCUGCAUCACAGGGAAGAUUAUAGCUUUGAAAUGUUUUGAUUGUGGCACCAGGGCAAAGGUAUCCAGGAUAAUUGGUGGUGUAGAUGCCACACUAGGCAGAUGGCCAUGGCAAGUGAGUCUCUACUAUAGUAAUCGCCACACCUGUGGAGGCUCCAUCAUAACAAGCCAGUGGAUCAUUACAGCUGCUCACUGUGUGUCCACCUACAGGCUGCAUCAGGUUUCCAGUUGGGUUGUCUACGCUGGGAUUGUUACUCUUAAUGCAGCUACGUUGGCUCAGUAUAUGGGCUACACUGUGGAAAAAAUAAUCUACAAUAAGAAUUACAAUCACAGGAGUCAUGACAGUGAUAUUGCAUUGAUGAAGUUGAGGAAUCCUUUGAAUUUUUCAGAUACCAUCAGGCCUGUAUGCCUACCACAGUAUGACCAUGAACUUCCAGGAGGAACACUGUGUUGGAUUUCUGGUUGGGGAUACACACAGCCUGAUGAUGUUCAUAUUCCUGAUACACUGAAAGAAGCUCAAGUGCCCUUGAUAAGCACAAAGAAAUGCAAUAGCUCUUGUAUGUAUAAUGGAGAGAUCACGCCACAGAUGCUCUGUGCUGGCCACACAGAGGGUAAUGCUGAUGCCUGUCAGGGAGACAGUGGAGGCCCACUGGUUUGCCAGGAUAAUAAUGUUUGGAGGUUGGUUGGAGUUGUUAGUUGGGGAACAGGUUGUGCAGAGCCUAAUCGCCCUGGUGUAUAUACGAAAGUUUCUGAGUUUUUAGGCUGGAUUUAUGAGAUAAUAGAGGUAUGUUGCAGUAAUGAACAUAGGGGCUGGUGACUGGUGUCCUUUGUGAACAGUAUUAAUUACUGAUGCAAUUCUUUAUUUUUUUUUUAUUAAUUAGAAUUGUGGGUUUUUUCCCCUCUAUGCAGACUUACUAAGAAGCUGAGUGAAAAUCUACUAUAAAAGAGCAUAAUCUCCUGAGUUACAUGUUCACGGUAUUAUGGACAUUUUUGAGCUUUAUUGUUGUAAUACCAUCACCACUACCAUGUCAUAUCCAUCAGGGACAAUUGACAGCCAAGCCACCAGAGCAUCCCCUACCCCACUACUUAUAUCUCACCAUAUAGCCAUUUCCUCUUCACAGACUAUUUAAAGCCUUACUCAUAUUGCCAGUCCUGAGCUAUUUCCUAUCUAUACCUGUGUAUCUGAUACUUGACUAGUUUUUGCCAAGAUUUUCCAUGUUGGUUUUGAUUUUUGUGGAUUUUGUGCAUGAUCUUGGCCUGUGUAACUUCUGAUUGUGUCUUUGUAGCCCAUUUAGAUUUUUAUAAUAAACACUGUUGUGUAUGUUAAACUUAUUUAUAUUUAAUUAUUUUAUUUAUUUACUUCUUUAUUUUAGCAGGCCCUAAAUCUCAAAAACUGUAAAUAUA